CCUCUCCGUGUUCAUGUUUUGAAAUAUUCUUGGGAUUUUUGUUUAAGACGGUUUGAAUUAUGUUUCGCUGCACCUCAGCUUUCGCUUUCGCUCUGCUUUGUGCAAUGGUUAUCGCGUCUUCUGCCCAUCCAAUGAGCAAUCACUGUGUCAGUCUUAAAGAGACCCGUUUUGAAAUGUGUAUGAGCGCCGGUUAUGACAAAACUUUUCCAUUCGAAAAUGAUUUUACGGAGGCGGAGCAACAAGAAGUAGCGAGGGAAUUUACAGAGAUACUAAAGUCUAUGAAGAACUGUUCGCACGACGGUCUCGCUGAACUUAUCGAGUGCUCUUUAUUCGUUCCUAAGUGCAACAUGUUGGGUGAGCCUGUGUACCCGUGUAGACAGGCUUGCGCUGAAUACCUGAGGCGAUGUGAGUAUGAGUUAUCCAAACACGCAUUGGAUUAUCUAAUCCCUUGGUGCCUCCUCCUGUCAAAUGGUUCCGUUGGUCAUGCUCCCUGUUUUCAACCUUCUAACUUCACAGCGAACGAAAGUGCACCUGGCCCGCUGGAUCGAGGUUGCCAAGAGUUAAUCUUCCCCGCAUGUAAAAACAUAGGUGCCUUCGAUCACACUUUGAUCUCCGUCUCUAUGCAGAAGAAGUUAUAUUCAUGGUUUUUUAAAAAGGAAUAUAACGCAAACGACACAGAAACAGAAUUUCCUGGGGCCGUUCGAAAAUUAUUGGACCAAUACCCCAAAUGCCAGGAAAAUAUCAAGAAGUUGUUCUGUGGCGAACAUUUCCCGCCGUGUUUUCCGGAUGAAAGCCCACGGGUGUAUAGUCUUUGUCAACCUCUCUGUGAUCAAAUUGCAACAGACUGCCCAGGAUUCUUCAGCCAGGACUUGAUCGCCUCAGAGUACUGCAGCUCAAAGGCAAGAGCACAUUCUAUACAUGGAUACUGUCACACCACAGAAUGGCCAGCUUCAUUCGAAUGGUUCCACCAUGAAGCUACAACAAAAUCUCCGAGUCUAAUUACUGAGAGCCAUCAAGGAACCCAAGCGUGGAAGAUUUUCAUAGCCGUCUUCAUUCCUGUACUAGUUGUGGGGCUCGUAGUAGCUGUGGCAAUAUGGAUGAAGAAAAGAACUCAUCGCAGUUUAGUAGCUUACAUCAAACAUUAUGAAAAAGACGCUGAUGAUACCUUCCCCUUGGAAACAUAACUGU